CGGGCGGGGGCGGGGCUGCGGCCUCUCGCUGCGCGGUUCGGCGGCGGCGGCGCGAUGGGGUGCGGGGGCUUCGCCUGCGCCCGGAACUGCCUCUGCGCUCUCAACGUGCUCUACACGCUGGUAAGCCUGCUGCUGAUUGGAAUUGCAACAUGGGGAGUCAGCUUCGGACUCAUCUGUAGCUUCAGAGUUGUUGGAGUGGUAAUUGCAGUAGGAAUCUUCCUCUUCCUUAUUGCCUUAGUUGGAUUGAUUGGUGCAGUGAAACAUCAUCAAGUACUGCUAUUCUUUUACAUGAUUAUUCUUUUUCUAGUUUUUAUUGUCCAGUUUUCUGUCUCCUGUGCCUGUUUGGCACUAAACAAGGAACAGCAGAGUCAACUUCUAGAGGUGGGAUGGAAUAACUCUAAAAGCGCGAGAACAGAUGUUGAGAGAAGUCUGAAUUGUUGUGGAUUUAGAGUUUUUGAUCCAUAUGAACCCUGCUCCUCUGAUUGCUUUAGAAAUCGUCAGUGUCAACCAUGCGCACCGAUAAUAGAAGAAUACUCUGAAAUGGUGCUGAGGUUUGUUGGAGGCAUAGGACUCUUCUUCAGUUUCACAGAGAUUCUGGGAGUGUGGCUGACAUAUAGGUACAGGAACCAAAAGGACCCUCGUGCAAACCCUAGUGCGUUUCUUUGAUAAGGUUAUGAAGGACUGAAUCUUCUCUCUGCACCCUGUACUUCAAAAUACUGAUUCUUCAUAGUUAGGUAUUUCUCCAUAAUAGGAAUUCUACAUAUACCCAAAAGAAAACUUUUUUUCCAUAAGAGAUUUGUAGUUUUCAUAUUUAAUUUUCCACUAUUUUUUUUCUAAGAAUCUCUAUCUUGAAGUAGACUGGUGCAUUCAGUAGCUAGGCAGAGUCAAAACGCUGCUCUGAGCUGGUUAAAUAACUCUUUAAAACUUUGAUAAUUGAUAGGUGGAACUCUAUACAGUAAGCUUUACAGCACUACUGUCUUCUCUGGUGUCCAAAAAUACCCUAAAGUAUUUUCUGCUGUAUUCAUUGAUUUCAUAAAUUCUUGUGAUUUCUCAUUAAAGUGAUAAAAAUAUAUGGUAGAUGGUUGGACUGUUUGAUUUGAUUAGGCUUUAGGAUGAACUCCAGUCAACUUUUUUGUCCUAGUAAUGAUCUACCACUUUCCUGUUAAGCUAAAAAUAGAAGCUAAAGAUGUUACUUUCUGUAGUGCACAUAAGUAUGUUAAUGACUACUGUAGUCUUGACCCCUCCCCUCCCUGUUUGUUUUUGCAUUUCUGGUAGCUUUAGAAUUCUGUUGAGAAUAAAAAUAAUUCUUUUUAAUGGAUAUCUUCACUAUGAUAACAAUGAAUGAAGAAAACCAGAAGAAUGUAAUCUGCAGCUGAUUAACUUGAAACUUUUGUUUUCUUUGACAAGUGAAUGAAGUUUGGUAUUUGCACAACAUCAGAAUUAAUACUGGUCUGUCAUCAUUAGUUGUAAGAAAAUUCAUGUCUGGGAAGUUGUUGUAUAGCUAUUUUUUCAGAUGGUGUAAAAUUAUUGUUGUAAUAACUCAGCAGUGUGUAUAUUCCUCUGUCAUCCAAGUAACAGUCUUGAUUUCAUGAGAGAUUGAAUGACGUGUAAAAAAGAAAGAAGAAAAAGAAAGUAAAAACAUAAAUAAAUUGUGGUUUCCAGUAGUUUGUGUUUAAAAACAAACCAAAACACCAAAACAAAAAAAGACAAUAAUUAAAAUUGGAACAGUACAUUAGCCAUGUAGUUAAGUGUUGUCUGAGCUGAAGGAAAGUAUGAUGGUCCCUCUUCCAACCAGUAACAGGAGUGAUGCACCUCAGCUGGAACAUCAGACAUCUAAACACCCAAAGUGUAUAAUGUUUCAUUCAUUUCUAAUCACACUGAAUUGCAGACCUGCACUGCACCUUUUCAUUCAAUUGCUGCUUCUGGUGUAGUAGGCAGCUGCUGCAGCCUGAGAGACAGCUCUGCAGGAAGGGGUAUAGUAUUAAGUCCAUCUGCCCAGAAUUGCAGCAGCUGAGCUGAGGGAGCUGGAAAGGAAGACAGGGCAGGCAGAAGUGUGUUCUCAUACAGUCUCACUUUUACUAGGGACAUGCCUUCAUGCCUUCAAAGGAGACAAAAGUAAGUUGAAAUAGAUGCUUGUCAGAACACUGUCAGAGUUUUAUGUGCCCAGUGCUCCUAAAGAAGGAAUUGUCUUGGAGGGGAAGAGUUGAACCCGAAGCCAGAGGGAUGGAUGACAACUUGCUGAAAACAUUCUGUCAGGUGUAGCGAAGUCUUCAACGUCUGCUGCCAGCGCCAUCUCCUGGUCUUCAGACUGUCGAUUGCUGCUGGGUACGUUGAGAAGUAUUGGUGUCUCGUUUAAGCACGUACUUUAUGCUGCUGCUUCACACUUCAGAGCUUCAGUUUUUACUUCUUUUUUCCUAAUUGUUUUUAGUGCUUUUUAGUAGGUCCGGUUUAAUAAAUGUGGUAGGUGAUACUGGA